AUGUGUUUUGUAUAUUAUUUUACGUUGUUGUACUAUAUUUUGAACUUGGGUUCAGUGAGGUCGCUCGUCGCCGACGAUUCGUGCUUCGCCGAGAGGUCAUCCUCCGUUCUCAGUGCCGUUUCCAAGAAGGACGCCCCUCUGUUCCACGAGACUCUCUCUAAGUUGAAGACGUACCCGUUCACCAUGGUCGUUCGCUACUGCCUGGGGGAGAACGGAAACGUUACCGGCGAGAAGUUUCUCCAAUGUGUGUCUUCACUCAACUCGUGUCCUGUCCCCUGGCACUCGAGGGUAAACUGGCAGUUCUGCCUGUGCAACACCCUCCACUGUAUGUUCAAGGGGUGCUUUCAGCACUGGAUAAAGACGUUCGACUUCACCAACACCGAGGUACUUUUAUUCUUUACUCACUCUCUUUAG